UCAAAACUGAUAAUCACGGUAGUUUCAUUAAGAAGACACCUCUUCGUGCUACUAUAGCAUACACUAUUUGCAACUAAAAACAAUAAGAAAACAAUGUGCUCGACUAUCUGUGUGUUUUGUAAAUAAAUAUUGAUAACGACGAAUCUUUUGAGUUAAACAAAUACAACUCGGCGCUUCUUGAUUAGAUAUUGCAGAAUAAAAUGCAUGCCAUAAAUGGGUACUACGUUUAGUUACUAGUGAUGGAUCUCUCCGACAAAAUCAUUCUCAUAACAGGAGCUAGUAGUGGAAUCGGUGCUGCUACGGCAACACACCUAACCCAGUUGGGAGCCACGGUUGUCCUAACCGGAAGAAACGUUGACAAUCUGAACAGAAUAGGUUCCGAAUGUGUGGCUCUCGGAAAGAAAAAACCUCACCUCAUUGCGGCUGACGUGACGAAAACUGAGGACAAUAAGCGUGUGAUUGAUGAAACGAUCCAGAAGUUUGGCAAAUUGGACGUGUUGGUGAACAACGCAGGCAAGGGACAAAAUGGAACCAUAGAAACCACCAGUCUCGAACAGUUUGACGACAUCAUGCAAACUAACUUAAGAAGCGUUUAUCACCUGACAAAGUUAGCGGUUCCGCAUCUGAUCAAAAGCAGAGGAAACAUUGUCAACGUUUCCAGUGUCGCUGGGACGAGAGCGUUUGCUAACUCUAUAUCCUAUUGUGUUUCGAAAGCUGCUCUGGAUCAGUUUACCCGGUGUGUGGCGCUCGAACUGGCUUCGAAACAAGUCCGAGUUAAUUCCGUCAAUCCUGCCGUUAUCGUAACGAAUUUCCAAGGCCCGCUAGGGAUGACUCCCGCUGAGUAUGCUGCAUACAUAAAACACAGUGAACAGUUCCAUCCCCUGGGACGGGUGGGAAAGGCAUCGGAAGUAGCCGCAGCUAUCGCCUUUCUAGCAGCAGAUACGGCCAGUUUCAUCACGGGAACGUGCCUCUGCAUUGAUGGGGGGAAACAUAUUCUAUGUCCUCGGUAAAACGACUUGAAUAAAGUUACAGUUUGGUGUUUGCACAAUGGUAUUACUUUCUUCUUUCAACUGAAUAAAAAUCCAAUAGUUCGUUAAUUUUCCAUCAUACAAUCGUCCUACUUUAUUUGUGAAUUUCAUUCUAGAUUUUGUUUUCGGUUUGACUACGAUUUGCUUUUCUUUGGAAGUGAUCUUUUUUUCUAUUAGAUAGGACAAUAUCGAUUAUUGAGUAAUGAAUUUUUGUCUCCUCUA